AUUAGUUUUAUCUGGCCAAUCCCUCGUUCUGAUUCCCCUUCUCUUACCCCCUUUUAUUUCCUUUUUUUCUUCAGCUACACAUCAGAGUUAUUUUAUGAUGGGAAGCUAAUGGCGAGUGGGAAGCAGCCCUCCCAUAAGGACUUCUACCCGCUGACCUUUUUCACAGCCAGAGGGGAGGACGUACAGGAGAAGAACAGCACUGCCUACUACAACAACGCCGAGGUGUUUGAGAUCGUGGAGCGGGUGGAGGAGUUGCGGAAGAAGUGGCCGGUGGCCUGGGGCAAGCUGGACGACGGCAGCAUUGGAGUGGUGUCGCCGUACGCUGAUCAGGUUUUCCGCAUUCGUGCCGAACUCCGAAAGAAGAGGAUGCAUGAGGUCAGCGUGGAGAGAGUGCUCAACGUACAAGGUAAACAGUUCCGCGUGUUGUUCCUCAGCACGGUUCGGACGCGGCACACCUGCAAGCACAAACAGACGGCCAUCAAACGCAAAGAGCAGCUGGUGGAGGACUCGACAGAAGACCUCGACUACGGGUUCCUCUCCAACUACAAGCUACUCAACACAGCCAUCACCAGAGCCCAGUCCCUGGUUGCAGUUGUGGGAGACCCCAUAGCACUGUGCUCCGUCGGGCGCUGCAGGAAAUUCUGGGAGCACUUUGUCUCCAUUUGCCACGAAAACUCAAGUCUCCAUGGCAUCACCUUUGAGCAGAUCAAAGCUCAGCUGGAGGCUCUGGAGCUCAAGAAGACCUACGUCCUGAACCCUCUGGCCCCGGAGUUCAUCCCCCGUGCCCUCAGGCCCAUGCAGGGACACCACUCUUCAUCGCAGGCCCUCCAUCCACACCAUCAUCCUCAUCCUCAGCACGCACAGCCCGCCUCCAACAAGCAGGGUCCGCAGCAGCAGCAGCAGCAGCAGCAGCAGCAGCAGCAACAACAGCAACAACAACAGCAGCAGCAGCAGCAGCAGCAGCAGCAGUCACCGCCUAAGGGGAAACAUGCAAACCACACCGAGCACUUCCCACCUGAAGGAUAUGUUCAACCCAACCCGGCCAUGCUGAUGGGAAACCCGAUUAGGGCGUUCACACCACCUUUGGGUGGCGCACCAGCCGCCAUGGGCAAAUCACCCAGUCCUGUUCAAAGGAUAGACCCUCACACAGGCGCCAGUAUCCUCUACGUUCCCGCUGUGUACGGUGGAAACAUGGUCAUGUCCAUGCCCCUGCCUUUGCCCUGGCCAGGUUACCAGAAUCGCUUUGCAGUGGAUCCUCGAAUCAUGAGCCAUCCUGCAGCCAUGGCGUACAACUUCAAUCUGUUGCAGGCUCAAAACCGAGGCUCCCCCAUCCCUUACAGCGGCAUGGCGCAUCCCUCUCCUCUGGGAGUGGGGCAGCCCAGCCCGGACAAGGAGCUCCAGGCAGACCCCAUCAGAAAUGGUAAAUUAGAAGGAUGUCCAAAGUCAGAACAGAGCCGUCUUCAGACACCAGAGAGGAAAACUGCAGACAUGAAGGAAAAACAGGGAGAUUUAGACACUGGGCAAAGUCGAAGUCUAGACUCAGAAGGCAUGGUAGGAUUUCCAAAUGCACUUCUCCAUCGAAAGGAUCCCUCAGCUGCCCAAAGACCCCUCAACUACCACCUGGCACCACCGAACCCAGCUUUUCCUCCACAUCCUGCCAGUGGAAGGGCCUUCCCCCCACAGUAUCCCCUCUCCAGGCUUCCUUAUCGGGUUAGCCAGCCUCAGCACCCGGGGAUGGCCCAACAGAGCCAACAGCAACCGCAGCAGCUCAGCCCUGCCUACACCGGUGGCAGCCACAAUGCUUCUUUCUUCAGCGGACCCGUGCCCCCUCACAGGGCCGUGCAGUCCCCCACUUUGGAUGGGCCUGAGCCUGGAGGGGUGGAGGAGAUGAGUGGCUCCAUUAGGACUCCAAUGGGCCAACCAGGGGGGCACCACCCGGGCAUGUCGCAGCAUAACAGGGUUAACAGCUUUGGGGAGGACGGGCAGGACGGAAACAUGGGAGAAGGUUUGGACCCCUUGGCUCUCGAGGCCCUGAGCCAGCAGCAGCAGCAGCAGCAGCAGCAGGCGGCCAGGCUGGGCCAGUGGGGGGAGGCAGCUGGUCCUUUUCUGCAGGGCAGCGUCGCCUUCCCUCUGCCCCAACAGCUCGCCCACCUCGCUCAGCCCGGCAUGGCUCGCUUCCCCCCUCAGCUGCUCCGGGCAGCUAGUUGGGGCCUAAGUGCCAAUAUGGAGGAAGAGGGUGUCACUUCUGCCUCGACUGGGCCACCUUUCACCAGGUACCCGGGCCUCCUGAGAGAGAUGCCCCCACAGGAGCAGCCUGAACCCAGAGAAGCAGCUGAGAUGCAGCCCCCACCUCAAUCCCGUCUCCUCCAGUACCGCCAGUCCCAAGCCCGUGCAUCAAAUGACCCUUCAUCCUCUUUAGCUGCCACCUCCAAUCAUGCCGGCCCUUUCCCACCAGGACCAUACCCCCAUGACAGUGGCCGCGAUCUCCUAAACGACAACCUUCUCAACAACCCCGCCCUGCAGCAGCACCCAGGAAACCCCCUGUAUAAUACUGGUAGCUACCCCCAUCAGCCGCCGGCCCACUCUGUCAGCCCCCCUCCCUCCCAGGUCAAAUACCUUCUGCAAGAGGCCCAGUGGUCCCACAGCGGAGCUGCAUCAGUGAGCCCACCGCAGCAGAACCACCUACUGGGGAACCAAGGCCAUGGUCUUCCUUAUGGACUGCCCAUCAUGGCUCACCCAAGCAGGCAGGAGCAAGUCCACCUGAUGCAACUUCACCAUCAGCACCAUCAGCAGCAGCAGCAGCAGCAGCAGCAGCAGCAGCAACAACAACAACAACAACAACAACAACAACAACAACAACAGCAACAACAGCAACAACAACAGCAGCAGCAGCAGCAGCAGCAACACCACCAACAGAGUCAAGGUCCAGACCAGGAGUCCUAUCACCCCCUGUCCCCCAGAACAUCAGCAGCCGCAGCCCUUCACAAUGUAGAUGAGUAUGAACCCAGAGGUCCGGGCCGGCCCCUCUAUCAGCGCCGCAUCUCCUCAAGCUACCCAGACGACUCGUCUCCAGCCAACACCCACAACGCCCUCUCCCAGCAGUCCCAGCCCUGUCCGCCAGAUCCCCAGGACCACCCCCAUCCGCACAUACAGCAUCAUCAGCACCCACACGCACCCUACGGUUACUCCUCACAUGACCUCUGGCCCAGUAAUGGCGGGGGUCCUGGUCCGUUCCAGAACAUCCCGUGUAACGGAGCCAGCACGCUCGCUCAGCAUCGAGACCUUAUGGCGUCUAAGGCUCUCCGUCAAAGUGAGGAGCAGGUGAAGGCCGAGGCCACGGCAGCACAGCAGUCUCACCCACACUCCCUCAACUCCCUGCAGCACCUCGGACAGUUCCCUCCUCUCAUGCCCAAUAACAAGCAUCAGCAGCAGCAGCAGCAGCAACAACAACAACAACAACAACAGCAGCAGCAGCAGCAGCAGCAACAACAACAACAACAACAACAACAACAGCAGCAGCAGCAGCAGCAGCAACCGCCACCGCCGCCGCAGGCUCCCACGGAGGCAGGCCAGGGGCCUCCAAAUCUGAGCAAACCACCCACCAUGUCCUACGCCAGUGCCCUCCGUGCUCCACCCAAACCCAGAGCUGUUCGUCCUGAUCAGGCCAAAAAGAACAGCGACCCUCUCUCCCUCCUCCAAGAGCUGAGUAUAGGAAGUUCAAACGGUAGCAAUGGGUACUAUUCCUACUUUAAAUGAGAGUCUUCUCCUAAAUAAUUAAGUGAUAAAAUACAAAAAAAGCAACAAAAAAAAAGAAAAACAUUUUCUAAAACCACAUAAAAAAUAGUGCAAAGUGCAUUUACAAAUUGUUUCUAUCAGUAGGUUUGUUUUCUGCAUUUUGUUUCAUUUUAACUUUUUAUCCGUAACGGUCAUCUUUUCUCCUGUUUCACAUAUCUGUGAAGAAAAUAAGUAUAUAUAAUGAAUGCAUUACCGGUAUAUAUACAUACUCAUUAUGUAUAUAUGAAUAUAUACUUAUAUUAUCGACACUUGUAUAUGUACGUAAUGCAAAAAAAAAAAAAAAAAGUUAAAAAAAAAACAAAUUUAAAAAAAAAGGCACGAGUUAGUUGACCACUUAGCUCCCUGCAUAUUCUCUCCUUCUCCAAGUUGCUUUUGUUGGUUGCCUAAAUAAGUACGUUGAAGUUUUUAUUAUUAUCAUUUUGUAUCUUUCAGUUUUUGAGUGGGCGUUCACGUCUUGAUUUUCAUUCUACUGUAGUCGUGCUGUUGGACGAAAAAAAGCUAAGUGGUCAACUGACGGCGAAACUUCAUGGAACAGUGUAUAGAAGUAGAUACAAAUUUUCCUCUAAUCUGUACAUAAAAAGAAAAUAAAAAGACUGAAUUGUAUGCCACAGACAUGUCCUUAAAUUCCUGUAUCAUGCUAGCAUUUGAAUAAUGAAUUAUUUCCUGUUUUUAUUUUUUGCUUCUUAACCUUUAAUCCUUUGACAUCCUGACCCGGGAGUCAUCUUUGGUGAUUUAAUAGUAAAUGUGAUUAUUUACUGAGAAUAACAUUACAGAUAUUGAUUGCAUAUUUUUAAUUUUUUUUUUUCAUCGGCAACGAUAGAUCCAGUGUUAAAACGUCAGAACAGCUACAACCAUGUCAUUCCUCGUUUGUGUAAAAGAUUAAACAUCAGACGUCGCUCUUUGUGAUCCGAGCCUCCUGAACCGCCUCCCUCUCGGCCUUGUGCUUGGCCGUUUUUAUUUUAUUGUAUUUCCUUUUGAUUGUGUCAGCGACUUGUGCAGCAGAGAUUAAAAACUGCUCGAGGUA